AUGUAUUCCUCUCGUGAAAGGCGCGAAAAGCAUCAGGGACAAGUCGGUCACGAUGUCUCCAUUUCUGGCGCAGGCACAUUCUGCAAAGUCCUUGGACUUCUCGACAACACCAAUGUCAAGCUCCUGGAGUUGGGCAAGAACAAGGAGAAGUAUGCAGCCCCAAAGAAAAUCACGCUAAAUGAGUCGAGCAAUCGAACCAAAGAGGAGUCCAAUGAGAUCAAGAAGGAAGGCAAGACGUUGAUCAACGGCAUCCUUGCUGUUGCAAAUCUCGCCUUCUCAACAACCACCAUUAGUGCAACUUCCGGAAAGGUUUUCAGAGAUCGUUGCGACCUCGUCGCCGUCGAUGAGGCUAAGAUGUCUCUCGACUUCCUCCAACUCUGA